AUGGACAUGGGAGAGGCGGGGGAGACGGCUAUCAUUGUAGCCCCACAACAAGAAGCAUGGAUGGAAUGUGAUGACAUAUCAGAUGAUUUACUUGGGGAGGAGUUAAAUGAAAUGGAUAGGGUGGUCUCUUCUCGUCAAGUGGAUCAGGUCCCAAUGGGUGCUGUCAAAAAGAUAAAAGGGAAGCGAUCAACCUCAAGCAAGGGUUCUUCACGUCAUAGAGUUCCACUCGGUCUUUCCAGCAGAAAGGCUGAGCUCUUCCGUCGGGGAUCUCCAAGGAUGCGCAAUGCUGUUUUACCUCCUUCUGGGGAAACAAAAGAAAAUGGUCAACCACGUCCAAGUAGCUCAAAGAAAUCUAAAGCAGGCUUGCGGCAUGUCAUUGAUGGAAUAAAAGUCUAUAUGACAUUUGUUUAUGGGGAUCCUGUAUUAGAGAGACGAGAUCAAGUUUGGGAACGUCUUACGCGUUUCUCAACAACAAGAUCUGGACCUUGGUUUAUGAUAGGAGAUUUUAAUGAAAUAACAGGUCAUAACGAAAAAGAGGGGGGAAGACAACGCCCUGAUAGUUCAUUUUUGCCUUUCAAGCAGAUGCUUAAUGAUUGUGGAAUGUUAGAGUUUCCUUUCACAGGAGACAUGCUCUCAUGGGUAGGGAAGAGAGCAGGCGGAUCAACUGUUCGAUGUCGCCUGGACAGAGCUGUGGGAAAUCCGGACUGGCAUGAGAAGUUUCCUCACUCGACUGUCAAGUAUAUGAGGUUAUGGGGUUCGGACCAUCGUCCGGUUCUCGCGGAUAUACUCAUAAAGCCAACGAGGAAAUCAAAAAAAUUCAAGUUUGAUAAAAGAUGGCUAGAUAAUGAGGAGCUAAGGCAGGUCAUUCUUGAGGGAUGGAAAUCUCCUGAUCUUCCUCCCAAUGCGAAUAUUAUGGAACAUAUUUCUAGUUGCCGAAAAGCCUUAAGCGAAUGGAGGAGACAGCAUAAUGUUAACUCGGCAAAGCUUGUGGAGGAGCUUAAAGAAAAGGUGGAGGGCAUGUAUGCAGAUGACAAUGCUACAACUGAGGAAUUUGCAGCAGCGUUGAAGGAACUUUCAGAUGCUCUUAAAGCAGAAGAAAUACAGAUCUUCGAGUCGUCUAACCCAGAGGACAUUGAAGAGGCACUAGCUCAAGUUCCUACGACAAUAACUGGUGCAAUGAACGAUAACCUUACAGAGCCGGUAUCCGAAUGGGAGGUCAAAUUAGCACUUUUUGCUAUGCAUCCAGACAAGGCCCCUGGACCAGAUGGGAUGACGGCGCUUUUCUAUCAGCAAUUUUGGGAUAUUGUAAAGGAAGAGGUAACUCUUAUGGUUAAUAAAUUCCUUUUUGAAGGGACGGUGGUGAAUGGACUGAAUGAUACGAAUAUAUGUCUUAUCCCAAAGACGGCCAAACCCAAUGAUAUGGCUCAAUUUAGACCCAUUAGCUUGUGUAAUGUCUGCUACAAGAUAAUCUCCAAGGUCUUAUGCCAGAGAUUAAAGAAAGUGUUACCCGGUUUGAUUUCGGAAACUCAGUCUGCUUUUGUUGCUGGAAGACAGAUUUCAGACAACAUUAUGAUAGCCCAAGAAAUGUUUCAUGCUCUGAGGACUAAACCAAGUGGACGCAGCAAAAGGAUGGCCAUUAAGACGGACAUGAGUAAAGCAUAUGAUAGGAUGGAAUGGUCGUUCAUUGAAGCUGUCAUGCGAAAGAUGGGCUUUUCAGAAACUUGGAUCAGCUGGAUAAUGCGAUGCGUUACAUCGGUGAAAUAUAAGGUUCUUAUGAAUGGACAGCCAAGAGGAAAUAUUGUUCCUGGUAGAGGCCUACGACAAGGAGAUCCUUUGUCUCCUUUCAUUUUUAUUCUAUGCACGGAAGCGCUCGCUUGCCUUCUUAAUCAUGCAGAGAAUCAAGGGAAGAUAACGGGGAUGCGUGUCACACGCGCGUGUCCGUCGGUAUCCCACCUUCUCUUUGCUGAUGAUAGCCUUUUCUUCUGUAAGGCGGAGCCCCGUGAAUGUGAAGAAGUAAUGAAAGUAGUCAGGACAUAUGGUCAAGCAUCUGGUCAAUGUAUUAAUUUCGAUAAAUCUUCCUUACUCUUUGGUAAGAGGAUUAAUGCAACUACUAGGCAACAGAUUAAAGAUGCACUUGGAAUUCAGAAUGAUGGUGGGAUGGGGAAGUAUUUGGGGAUCCCGGAGGAUAUUAGUGGAUCCAAAUGCAAACUUUUUGCAUUUCUGAAGGACAACCUAAUGCAUAGAGUAAAUGGUUGGACAGGCAGAUGGCUCUCAAAAGGAGGGAAGGAGGUAAUGAUCAAGUCCAUUCUACUUGCUCUUCCGACAUACGUCAUGUCGACGUUUCUGCUCCCAUUGGAGAUUUGUGAAAACCUCGCCAGUGCCAUUGCACAAUUUUGGUGGAGUUCGAAUCCACCAAAAAGAGGAAUACAUUGGGCGAAAUGGGAAAAGGUUUGUCUACCAAAGGAAGAGGGUGGGAUUGGCUUUCGUUUGAUUCAUGAGUUUAAUCUAGCUCUGUUGGCAAAGCAAUUAUGGAGAUUGGUUCAGUACCCUGAUUCACUGGUUGGUCGAGUCUUGAGGGGUAGAUACUAUAGAAUGACCUCGCCUUUAAGAGCAACAUCUACUAGUAGUCCAUCAUAUGUGUGGACAAGCAUUUCUGCCGCGAGGAAGCUUUUGCUUUUGGGGAUCAGACAGAAGAUUCAUUCUGGUUAUGAAGUUAAGGUGUGGGAGGAUCCGUGGAUUCCAACGAUACCUGCAAGACCAGCUACACCUGUAGCGCCUGUAAUGAAUCCGAAUAUGAGAGUUAGUGACCUCAUUAAUCAGGAAUCAAAGGAAUGGAACAUAGGGCUACUAGAGGAUUAUGUCCACCCAGACGACAUAUCACUCAUCCGUAGCAUGGCCAUAAGUUCUACCCAUCGUCGGGAUACUUUCUGCUGGAACUACACGAGAAAUGGCCAAUACACAGUGAAAUCUGGAUACUGGGUUGCACAGAAUCUGUUGAAGCCAGAAGAGGGAAAAGAAAUAUUGGAACCAAGUAUAACUAAACUUCAAGCCUUUGCUUGGAAGGUGAAAGCACCACGGAAGAUGUGCCAUCUUAUAUGGCAAUUGAUAACGGGUCAGGUGGCAGUAACGAGAAAUCUAGUAAGGAGAAAUAUGAGGUGCGAUAAUUACUGCCCCAGAUGUGGAGAAAUAGAAGAAUCUGUAACUCAUGCGAUAUUUGAUUGCCCUCCAGCACUCCAAGUAUGGUCCCUAUCAGUAACUCCUACAGCCCCAGGUACAUUUCCAGUGUCAAGCGUCUACACGAACAUGGACUAUCUAUUCUGGAGGAAGAAUGAUAUCUUAGAGCCAGGCCAAGACAGGGAUCCUUAUCCCUGGAUAAUAUGGUAUAUUUGGAAGGCUCGUAACGAUAAGCUUUUCAGGGGAAUAGACAGAGACCCUCUAGAACUAGUUCGAUACGCAGAAAGUGAGUGUCAAGCAUGGUGUAAUGCAAAUGAGAGGAUACCGCCAAUAGUACAGGCCAACAAUAAUGAUGAAGACCAAGUCUUAAGCUUGGGUAGUAUUUGCAUGUUAGAUGGAUCGUGGACAGCUUCUGAUCGAUUUAGUGGAUGUGGAUGGGUCUGGAUGGAUGAUGGAGAGAACAUACAAAUUAUGGGAACUCGGAAUUUCUUUCGAUGUGAAUCAGCAUUACACUCGGAGGUAGAAGCACUGCGGUGGGCGAUGGAGAACAUGCUUCAACAUUCGACAUGCCAGAGCUUUGGAACAGACUGUAAGGAGCUGAUUGCAAUGAUAAAGGAACCCCAUGAGUGGCCAAGCUUCGCAACAGAAUUGGAGAAGAUAGAGACGCUGCAGAUUUGCUUUCCGGAAUUCAAGAUUAUCCACGUGCCACGUGUGCGCAACCGGUUUUCUGAUUUUUUAGCCAAGACUGCUAGGACCUUUCGCAGAGAGUUAUUUUUUAUUGGUUGUUCUAUUCCGGUCUGGUUACCCAGACCACCUCAAGUUUGAG